AUGCUGUCUGCAUCUUCACCUAUUACGUUUCCGAAGAGCUCGUCUGCCCCGAAGCGCCCAACACCUCACGAACAAGAACCUACGAGACCAAAGCCCCGUGUCGAGGGGCCAUUCAUAGUCGACGAUGAUGACUCAGAGGAUGAGACCCAAAGAACACAGAGUGUUAUUCAUGACGCAAAGAGGCGGAUGCUUCAACGCCCCUCUGAAGACGACAAUGUGGCCCACGUAAUGCAUGGCGACGAGAUUCGGAACGACGACAAUCAGGCUUCUACCAAGACAACUGACGCUCCGGCUAUAAUGAAAUUUCCCAACUGGUCAAUCACGUGCCCUCCGUUAUCUGGUUCGAUUCUUGAAAACAGUUCCCGUUCGACGUAUACCGCCAAAACAUGCGGUGGCAAGUCUGCAAGUAUUAAGCAGCGAACAACGUCCACUGCCCCGUCAUACAAGGCCAUGGCAGCAGCACGAUCCAGAACAAAAGAGGGCAGAGCGAAGCGGAGCUACUACGGCAUCGAGAUCCACGAUUUGGUAAACAAGGCAUUAAAGGAAACCGCAAACAAGCCUCUGGACGUUCCAGCCGAGACUGAUAUGCCACUGCGGUCAAUUGAGGCCCCAGUCGUGGGCAAGGAACCAAGAAAGUCCCUCCUUUGGACUGAGAAAUAUCGUGCGCGGAAGUUUGUGGACUUGUGUGGCGACGAUAGCACCAACCGACAAGUACUACGAUGGCUGAAGCGGUGGGACCCUGUUGUGUUUCCCGGUCAGACAAAGGCAAGGCCGGUAAUUACGAGAAGGCCCGGCGUGAAGCAACAAACGGAGGAAGAGAAGCCUCAUCGCAAGAUCCUGAUGCUCACGGGACCACCCGGUUUGGGAAAGACGACUCUGGCUCACGUCUGUGCCAAACAGGCAGGCUACGAGGUCUUGGAAGUCAACGCCAGUGAUGACCGCAGCCGUGAUGUCGUGAGGAAUCGAAUACGGACAAGCUUGGGGACGGAAAGCGUGAAGACCGUCACCAACAACAAAGCUGGUGACGGUUCACGGAAAGUUGCCAAGCCUGUCUGCGUGAUUGUGGAUGAGGUUGAUGGUGUGACGUCCGGAUCUGGUGCAUCGGGAGAAGGCGGAUUUGUCAAGGCAUUGAUCGAUUUGGUCCUCACAGACCAGAAAAACUCGUCGCCCACGUCUGGGUACAGUCACAAAAAGAACAAGGGGGACGACUUUCGACAAAUGCGGCCGCUCGUUCUCAUCUGCAAUGAUGUCUAUCACCCGUCCCUGCGGCCCCUCCGACAGUCGAAUCUGGCAGAAAUCGUCCACGUAGGCCGCCCAUCGCUCGAUGCGGUUGUUGGCAGAGUCAAGCACGUUUUCGAGAAGGAAGGUAUUCCCUGCGACAAAGACGCCGCAAGAAAGCUGUGCGAAGCAGCCUGGGGCAUGACGAGCGGCAUAGACGCAAAAAGAGGCGCCGAAAGCACCGUUGAAGGCGAUCUGCGUGGUGUCAUGGUAGUGGGCGAGUGGGUAGCCGGCCGGUUUCGAUCUUCUCGCGGCCACGUCAACCAGCGACUUACACGCUCAUGGAUCGAGAGCAAUCUCCUACGCGACUUGUCGAGCAGUGCCGCUGGAGCCAGGGGCCUGGGACGGGGAAACGUACGAGAUAUUAUACAACGCGUAUUUCAAGAGGGCGGCGGCUUUCCCAAGCAGGCCAUGGACCUAUCUGAAUCUAAAACACAGCACGAACAACCAAAGGCUGAGUUGGGCUUUGGCGAGCAGCAGAAGAAAUACGCCAUGAAUCGCCUCCGCGAAAUGGCCGACACGAGCGGCGAGCUCAGCACCAUCGUGACGGAGAUCUUUGCCGAGUACCCGAACCGCGAGUUCAAUGACGACAUGUACCUCGCCAAACCCAACCAGGCUUACGAAUGGCUGCAUUUCCACGACUGCUGUCAAUCGCGUCUAUACGCAAGUCAGGAAUGGGAACUUGGUCCGUAUCUCAGCCAACCCGUCUUGGCGUGCCACCAGCUCUUUGCGUCCCCCAAGAAGCAUUACACGGCGGCUAGUGGGUUCGAAAGACGAUGGGGUGUGAUGGAAGCAGAGGAGGACGACAGCCCCCCCGUGCCGUUUUCCGGUCCUCGGGCUGAUUAUCAGGCCCGCGAGGCCGAGAAGCACAAUCGGUCGCAGCUUCAAGCUCUCCAUUCGCAGCUGAGCCCGACGCUCAUGCGAUCUUUCCGCAGCGCAGAGGACGUGGCCACCGAGUUCCUACCUUACCUCAUCCGCCUCGUGUCCCCGGAUGUGAAGCCCGUCGUGGUAGGCGGCAGCCAGGGGUCGAUGGCGAGCGUCCGCAAGGAAAGCGAAAAGAUCAUGGUCCAGCGGGCCAGCCAAAUCCUGGCCGAGGUCGGGAUUGCCCUCCACAAAGGGAAAAUCGAAGGCGACGUCGCAGGGGCACGGGGUCCCCAAUACGUCUAUCGCAUGGAGCCUGAUGUCGACUCGCUGUCCACGUUCGAAACCGGCGUCGCUCUUGUCCCCUCCCAAGCCCCGACCCGCUACGCCGUCAGGCAGGUCCUCGACCAAGAACUGCGGCGAGCCAUCGCGCUGCGGGACAGCAAUGCUCGUCAGGCUCGUUUUCAAGCUGGCGUUGCUUUGCGGACGCAGAUGCCGGCUCCUGUCCACGACGACAAGGAGAACACGCCUGUGCUGAAAGAUGAGCCUAAGCCUGGCGCCGUCGUCCAACGAGACUUCUUUGGAAGGAUCAUUGAACCGAAGCCGCUGGCAGAGUUGGACGGCAACAUCGACAAGAGAAACAGGCACGAGGAGAGAAAGGUGUGGGUUACGUAUCACGAAGGGCUGAACAACGCGGUCAGGAAACCGAUUUCGUUCCAGGAGUUUUUAAGAGUGUUGUAG